AUGGCUUCCACAUCCAACGCUGCCAGCAAGCGCAAGAGAGCUGGUGUCGCCUCGCCUCAGAGCCCGGCCCAGGCUGCUCCGGCCGAGGAAAUUCUCAAGGCUCAGAAUGGCGGCCCUCACCCUAAGCGACAGCGGGCCAACUCAGGACGAGCCGUCGAGUCUCCGGUCGACGAGGACAAUGCCGACUCUGACGCUGAAGAGGCCGAGGCCAUGGCCCCUCCUCCAAUCGGCGAAAUUGUUCAUCCCGCCGGUGGCUACCGAACCAACUCUCCUCCCGUCGGCCGAUCCGUUCGUGUCUAUGCCGACGGCGUCUUUGAUCUCUUCCACCUUGGUCACAUGCGCCAGCUCGAGCAGGCCAAGAAUGCUUUCCCCAAUACGACCCUGGUCGUUGGUGUCACGGGCGACGAAGAGACACAUAACCGCAAGGGCCUCACUGUCAUGUCUGCCAAGGAGCGCGCCGAGUCUCUCCGCCACUGCAAGUGGGUUGACGAGGUGAUUGAGGACUGCCCAUGGAUCGUCACGCCCCAGUUUCUCGAGGAUCACCGCCUCGACUAUGUGGCCCACGACGACCUGCCCUACGGCGCCGACGAGGGUGACGACAUUUACCAGCCUAUAAAGGAGGCCGGCAAGUUCCUCGUCACCCAGCGCACCGAGGGCGUCAGUACCACUGGCCUCAUUACCCGCAUCGUCCGCGACUACGAAAAGUAUAUUAGCCGCCAAUUCAAGCGCGGCACCUCGCGCCAGGAGCUCAACGUCAGUUGGCUCAAGAAGAACGAGCUCGAUAUCAAGCGUCACGUCCAGGACCUUCGUGAUAACAUCACCAAUAACUGGACCACCACCGGACAGGAGCUCAGCCGUGAGCUGCGCCAGUUCUGGCCCACCAGCCGCCCUCAGAGUCCUGCCCGCUUCACGCAGAGCUCCAGCGACCUGGCACGGUCUCCCACGACUCCCGGCGCCUCUAACUCAAAUUCCAAGGAGUUUGUCACCGGCUACGCUCUCGGCCUCGUCGGUGGUGUGCGCUCCUGGAUGACCAAGAACCGCCGUACCGUGCGCGAUGCUAGACCGCCCAGUGACGAUGACUCGGAGGAGAGUGACGAACAGGCUGCUAACACCAGCCGCAAAGUCUCCCAGAGCCACAUUGUUUCUGCCACGCCAACCAAGGUCGCAUCGACCAAGGCUUAA